UCCACGAGGUGUCCAUUCACGCACUCGGCGGGUCCGCUGCCCAACCAUGACCGCUGCUGAAUUCUGGACUCUGUCGAUCGGUUUCCAUAAACGUAUAAGUAUUAUUAUUAGCCACGUUUAAACAUGUUGUCAGUUUAAUUUGUUUUCGGUUCGACUGUUGUAAUAAUUUUUAUUUGUUCGUUUAUCCGUAUUUCUUAUAAAAAUAAUCUUAAUAGACAAAUUUAUUAAAGUUCAAUACACGAAUAUUUGCCCGUUGAUUACGCUACGAGUGUUUGUAAACAAUAAAGAAUAAUCAGCAAAACAUAUUAUAUUUUUAAAAGUAUAGAUACCUACCCAGUGCGCGUGCACGUGACGCGAUGAUUGUGAAUGUUUCCAAACUUCAGCAAAUAAUGAGCUUUGUGGUACUGGCCGCAGUGAUAGUGGCUGGCGUGCAAUGUUCCAAUCACGAGGUAGAAAAACGGGUCAUGCACAACAACAAUGACAGUCCUAUGCGGAUAAAAGCACAGUCCCGGAUAUCUAUGACAAAGGGUGGAUACGGUGCUCGGGUACAGAUCCGCGAAGAUCUACAAGGACGGAAGCAUGCUCACGCAAUGGCCAUCUGUGAUUGUAAUGGACAGGGUCCGUGGAGACCGCUGUUCAAACCAUCGCAAAUCCUCAAGACCGAAUUUCCUGAACAUGAAUCGUUCCACGAAGAAGUGGACACCCAAUACCGGAACAUGGUGGGGGACCACGUGGACAAUCACUUGCGGUUGCCGCCGACAUCAUCGUCCGAACAUUUAUCCACUGGACCAGACAGCGGUGGCGGGUUCAGUGGUGGCGGCAUUAGCUACAAUGGCGGUGGUUAUGGUGGAGGUGUCAGUGGUGGCAGUGCUGGUGGUGCUGGCGCAGGACUUGCCAAAAAGCACAACCACAUGAUCCACUUACACCUGAUACCGCACAUUUACGUACCGAUCAUGCAUUCAGCUGGUUUCUCCGAGGCCAAAAACUAUCAAGCGACCAUCGAGGACGGAUCUUCAUUAUCGUCGCCUGUCCAGAACUCGUUAGAUACGUCGUCAGAGUUUCACGCCGGUGAUGUGGUUGCUACUGGCGGGUCUGGCCAAUCUGGCACUUCCAAUUCUGGUGGUACUGGUGAAAAUCCCGUGUCUGUCACUGCAGGUCCGGCCGGUGACCAUGAUCACGGUAACUUUAACGGACACUCGGGUGAGACAUCGUACUAUACGAUAUCCGAUGACGCAGUUCAACACCUGCACCAGGACUUGCACGAUCAUUAUGGCAAUGGGAUCGAAAACAAUCACAAUCACGACUACGAGGCUCCGCCUAACUCGGUACCAGAAGAACCACAUCAGUACCAGGUACACGAGACCGACGACCUUUCCAAGGACUACAGCAACAAGAAUCACGUGACGAGCGUGUCGUCGACGGCGGCGAUCAAACCGUCGGCGCUUCACAACCAUCAUUACCAGCCACCGCAGCACAAGCACAGGAAUCCCGUGGCCAAACCGAACAGGGGCAAGCACGGGCGCAAGUUGUCCAGCCGACAGGACCUGAAAAACCUGCUGGUGAUGCGACCGCCGCCAGUCGGACAGACGCAGACGUGGAGGUACGUGUACCGGCCGACGGUGGCCGGGAAUCACCAGCAGUAUUACCAGGGCAAACAGCUUCCGCUUCCAGUGAUCAAGACCAGGACGGUGCCUCUCAUCCUGCACAUCCGGCAGAGGUCGGACGACGAUUGAUACGUUUUUGAACAUAGUCCGUUCUCGCAGCUAUUAUCAUCAUCAUUUUUUUGUCGCUGAUUUAAUGCACUGUGUGUCACUACACUUGUACGUCACAUGGUAAUUUAAAAAAACAAUGAUAAAAAACUGUUUUUAAUGAUUGGCGGCAUCGACGGAACGACAGUGGAAGCGUAUUUUUGUAAAUUACCUACAUGAUAUUUUUUUUAUCAUUAUUGUAAGACUUCUUUCGUAUUUGCAUACAGUUUUAUUAUUAUUAUUUGUAUUAUUACUAUUAUUAUUAUUAUAAUUGUUAAAAGUCGAUACGCUAAUGAAAAUAAAAAUUUAAACCUAUUGCAACACGCACGAUAAUCACCUAGGUAUAUUAUAUCUAAUAAUUACAGUUUCAUAAAAAUAAUGAAUUAGUUUUGGUUUUUGUAUCGUAAAUACACACUCAAUGUAUAAUAUUACGAAACAUUUUGUUAAUUUGAAUUGUACGUUAAAAACACAUUAUUAUUAUGCUUUCACAUAAUUUCAUUAAAAUUUGAUAUAAACAGUCAAUGUUCACCUAUUUUUCGAAAAAAAUUUUUAUUUUUAUAUUUAUUCAUAUAACGUCUGUCGUACAAGUCUACUUGAGACAAUUUUAUUGACGAGUUAUAAUACUGUUUGUAACUUUUCAAGCACAUGUUUAAAUAUUUUAAGUUAUUCCUUGGAUGAGUUUUUGAAAAAUGACAUCCUAAUCUUAUCGAUUUUGGUUGCUUCGAUGUAACUUUACUUAUCAUGGUUGUGAUAAAUAUUAAUUAUUCUACAUUGUUAUAACUUAUAUAAUUACUAUAAUUAAUUUUCAUUAAUAUAACAUAAUUGUGUAUAAUGUCCGGGCUCGUAAUUAUUUUAGUCUAUUUUAUUAUAUACUUAAAUAUUGGCCAUAGAGUUAAGCUCAAUUGUAAAACUAUUUUCCCUUAUUAAUAUACGGAUAUAUUGAAAAAAAAAAUUGUCUCUGUCGAUAAUAAUAUCUUGAUUUUCUUACAAAAUGACAAUUUAUAACUGCAGGGAAACAUAAACGCUAAUACGAGAUAAGCAAGAAAUAAAUCGUAUGAUGAAAACGCCAAAAUCCCAAAUACUUGAAAAACUGAUUAUCUGAUUAUGAAAGAGAGUCAGAGUUUUCGUGUUAAGUUACAUAACAUUAUAUUGUUGGUAUGUACUUCA